AUGGCGUGGAGAGCCUCGGAGAGGCUGAUGGACACCAUCAGGCACUAUGCCAAGUUCCCCGCCACCGGCGUGAGCUUGCGCCAGAUGGUGCAGUUUGGCGACAAGCCCUCGACCGGCACCCUGUUCCGCGCCUCGCAGUUCCUCGCCGAGGAGCUGCCCAUUCGCCUGGCCCACCGCGUCCAGGAGCUCGAGGACCUGCCCGACGGCCUCAACGACAUGCCCUCGGUACAAAAGGUCAAGGACUGGUACGCCCAGUCGUUUGAGGAAAUCACACAGCUGCCGAGGCCCGACCUCAGCAGAGACGUUCGCGACCGCCUGAUGAAGCCCUCCAAGCACGCUGGCCGCGGCAUCCUGCAACAGCUAUCCGAGGCGACGCCGAACCCCUCCAUCGACGAGGGCGAGUCCUCGGGCUGGGGCGGCCUGACGAAGAACGGCAACGGCAACGGCAACAAGGCGCGGUCGCUCUCGAGACGCUACUUUGCCACCGUCGACGACACGGGCGAUUGGCCCGCAGAGCUGCAGCUGUACAACAAGCAGUUUGCGCAGACUCUGCACAAGAUUAAGCGUCGCCACGACGGCGUCGUCACCACGAUGGCCCAGGGCAUCCUCGAGUACAAGCGCCGCCGCCAGCGCAUGCAGAUUGACGGCAGCAUCCAGUCCUUCCUCGACCGCUUCUACAUGUCGCGCAUCGGCAUCCGCAUGCUCAUCGGCCAGCACAUUGCCCUCACCGACCAGAGCCACCACCGCGACCCCACGUACGUCGGCGUCAUCUGCACCAAGACCAACGUCAAGGACCUCGCGCAGGAGGCCAUUGAGAACGCCCGCUUCGUCUGCGAGGACCACUACGGCCUGUUCGAGGCGCCUCGCAUCCAGCUCGUCUGCAACCCCAACCUCGACUUCAUGUACGUCCCCGGCCACCUGUCGCACAUGCUCUUCGAGACCCUUAAGAACUCCCUGAGAGCUGUCGUCGAGACCCACGGCAUGGACAAGCAAGAGUUCCCUGUGACCAAGGUCAUUGUCGCCGAGGGCAAGGAGGACAUAACCAUCAAAAUCUCCGACGAAGGCGGCGGCAUUCCGAGAAGCGCCAUUCCGUUGGUGUGGACGUACAUGUACACGACGGUCGACCGGACGCCCAACCUGGACCCAGACUUUGACAAGAGCGAUUUUAAGGCGCCGAUGGCCGGGUUUGGCUACGGUCUACCCAUAUCGCGCCUGUACGCGCGCUACUUUGGCGGCGACCUGAAGCUCAUAAGCAUGGAAGGAUACGGCACCGACGUGUACUUGCACCUCAACCGCCUGUCCUCCUCGUCGGAGCCCCUCCAAUAG